UAAGAGUCAAUUAAUUCUCCGAUUGCUUUCAUUACGAAACCCUUCUCUUGCCGUCACUCUCGCGCAGAUCAAUCUCCCUUUGUGUCCCCGGAGCUACCUUGUUAUCUUGCCGGAAGCUCCCGCAGCUGAUAUUGAAGAAACUGCUAUUGUGCAUAAAAGAUGAGUAACUCUUCUGCUGGACCUCCUUCUAAAUCUAAAGCGGGACCUUCACAGUCAUCAGAAACUUCAUUCAAGCGCAAGCGAGGAGUCUUUCAGAAAGAUCUGCAGCAUAUGAUGUACGGUUUUGGAGAUGAUCCAAAUCCGCUUCCAGAAACUGUGGCACUGGUAGAGGAUAUUGUUGUAGAGUACGUCACUGAUUUGGCACAUAAAGCCCAAGAUACUGGAUCAAAGAGAGGGAAGCUAUCAGUUGAGGAUUUCCUCUAUCAGAUUCGCAAGGACAUGCCAAAACUCAACCGGUGUACUGAAUUGUUGAAUAUGCAAGAAGAGCUAAAACAAGCUCGAAAGGCAUUUGAGGUAGAUGAAGAGAAGCUGGCAUCAUUAGAAUGAUAUGGGAGGAAUGGUCAGUUGCCUUCACAACACUUCGAUGAAUGUAUGUUGAGGAAUAAAUAAUCUUAUAGACAGGUUCAGCAGAUGAUGAACUGAAGACACUUGCGUGAACAAUAUUUGGUGUUUUGACACUCACUAUCAACCCUCAGGGAGCAGCAAUUUGCCAGAAUGUCUGUGAUGAACAAAUAAUGAAAUGAUUGAAUGAUGCUUUUUUUAUGCUAUGUUUUAACCACCCAUAUGAAAAUAUUACUCCAUUUUGGGCGAGUUUGUUCGUCCCAGA